AUGAAUAGCCAGGAUGUGAAUGCAUGGUUUCAUGCCCUGCGUCAGGUUGUAUCAAAAUUGCCUCGUCCUGAUACAUGCCCAACGCCGGUGCUUGAAAGAGGCGGAACUACUGGUGGCUUGAUGCGAAAUUCUAGUAGUUUAUCACAUUCCUCCGUGGCAUUUGGCGCACCGCAAGAUCGUCGCUCAGUCAAGAAAUCUAAAACACUGGGAAAAGAUUCAGCUACAACGGAGGAUGAGAAAAAACGUUUAGGAAUCGAAGAGGCAAGGCCUACGCGGGAAUCAAUCAUCGAGAAGCUGAAACGGUUUUUUCGUUCAAGGCCAACCAUAGAAAGUUUGAAAGAGAAGGGCAUAUACAAGAGUUGGUUUUAUUUCUCGAUCUUUUGCAGUGUUUUCUAG